UCUCUCUCCUUUCUCCUCUCCCCCUCCGAGUCACCUUUUUGGCCCCCUGAAGAUUCAUGCAGCUAUGAAUCCCGAUAGCCCUCUACUUGACAGCCACGAUGACCUCGUCUUUGGCUCAGCACACCUAGCUUGCCCCGGAUCUCUGCUGGGGGAAACCUUGCGCUUCAAGCUUGCCAACAAAGCCAAACGAAAAGGUCUGCCCCGCAUGCCCGAAUACGAACAUCGGAGACGAUCAUCACCGGGCAACAGGCAGCCGGUACGGUUCGCAGGUGCGUCUGGCAAGAAGUGUAAUCAGCUCUUCUCUUGCACCAGCUCCUCGUGUACAAACGUCGGGUUUUAUUGUGGAAUUCAGAACGGAAAACAUUAUAAGCUGGACGACAAGACUUCUAGACCAGCUCAUCGAUCACGCAAUUCGCGAGCAGCCAUCGCACGGGCUGAAGAAGCAAUGCAACGCAAGAAGCGGAGAGCUACUGCAGUGGAACUUGAUCCUUGCAGCACCAACUGCCGGGGAUGCAAUGCCGACACCAUCGGUGUCUGGGAUAUCAAAGAGAACGGAAUCAUGCCAGGGAUAGCGGAGCAGUUGUGCACAAGAUAGACUUUGGGUAGACGCAAUCAACACAGAGU